GCGGUCAGAAUGUCUUUGGUGACUGGUUUGUGUUUGUGUCAGGGCAGCUAAAUCAGUAGCCGAAACUGCCGUGACUGAGCCAGUGGCGCUGCUGUAACCGGAGACAAGAUUAGCUGCUGACACUGUCUGCUCUGACAGAUAAGCAUAAGCCACUGCCAAGGGAAGUGCAGCCAGACCAGGUGAUAUAAUAAAGAGAGUAAUAUGAGAAGGAGUGUCGCUACAGACAAACAGUGAAGGAACCAGCGAGGCCGAUCACCUUCUGCAUAUGAUGAUGAGUAUGAAUAGUCAGAGGGUUUCCUACCUGCCCCAUCCCUAUCUCAGCACAAGCACCAGGAUUUAGAUUAGAAGCACUGGGACUUGCAGAUGAAAAACUGCUGAAUAUCUGCAGCAGGACUCGGUGGGUGGUUGACAGAGGUGGGGGUCAAGGCAGUACAAGUUCAAGUUGAUAAUAUAUUAUGCAGAAUGAGAGAGAUGCCUUCUGAAUGAGAAUUUACUUUGCUGCUGAAUGUGACACUGUGCAGAGGAUCGUGACAUAGUGGAGAUGGUGAAAGGGCAAAAGGACCCCCAGCACUACAUUUCUAUGCCACCAUGGAGCCCCAAGCUGCUUUGGUCCCCUGUAUGUUGGGUUAAAGAUAUGAACAAUCUCUGACCCUUCUUUAUUCUAAAGGCUGAAAGUGGAAAGUAAGGCUGCAUAGAAGAUGGCUAUGUAUGACACUCCAUACCAGAGACUGGAGGCAUCCUACACUGACUCACCUCUAGGGGAAGAUGAUCUGCUGGUGCAUGUUCCAGAGGGCAGUAAAUCUCCAUGGCAUCACAUAGAAAACCUCGAUCUCUUCUUCUCUCAUGUAUACAAUCUGCACCAGAAGAAUGGCUUCACCUGUAUGCUGAUUGGAGAAAUCUUUGAGCUGCUGCAGUUCAUCUUUAUUGUCAGUUUUACCACAUUACUGGUGAGCUGUGUGGAUUAUGACAUUCUAUUUGCCAACAAAAUGGUGAACCACAGUCAGAGUGACCACGUUAAAGUGACGCUUCCUGAUGCCUUCCUGCCUCCAGGGGUCUGCAGAGACAGAAUGCAAGAAAAUGGAUUUCUCGUCUGUUUAUUGGCCAUUGCUGGAGUCUUCUGGAUUCACAGACUCAUAAAAUUUAUAUACAAUAUCUGCUGCUACUGGGAGAUCCAUAACUUCUAUAUGCAAGCUCUGCGCAUCCCUAUGUCAGACCUUCCGUAUUAUACCUGGGAGGAGGUUCAGAGCCGCAUUGUACAGAUCCAGAAAGAGCACCAGAUCUGCAUUCACAAAAAGGAGCUGUCUGAACUUGAUGUGUCUCAUAGAAUCCUGCGCUUCAAGAACUAUAUGGUAGCCAUGGUAAAUAAGAACCUGCUGCCGCUUCAGCACAGACUCCCUCUGCUGGGCAAUACUGUCUUCUACACCAGAGGCCUCAAGUACAACUUUCAGCUGAUUUUCUUCUGGGGCCCUGGCUGUCUCUUCCAGAAUGAAUGGAGCCUUAAGCCUGAGUAUAAGCGUUCAGGAGCCCGUCUGGAGCUCUCUGAAAAGCUGGCUCAGCGCAUCCUGUGGAUUGGACUUGCCAACCUGGUACUGUGCCCACUGGUACUAGUCUGGCAGAUUCUUUACGCCUUCUUCAGUUACACUGAGGUGCUUAGACGGGAGCCUGGUAGUUUGGGGGCUCGUUGCUGGUCCCUCUAUGGUCGCUGCUACCUUCGACAUUUUAAUGAACUGGAUCAUCAAUUACAAGCCAGGCUAAGCCGAGCAUAUAAGCCAGCCAGCAAGUAUAUGAACUGCUUCCUCUCCCCACUGCUGGCUGUAGUUGCCAAACACUUCGGCUUUCUCGCUGGUUCCAUAUUGGCAGUGCUGAUAGCACUUACUGUUUAUGAUGAGGAUGUGCUGGCAGUAGAACACGUACUGAGUGCUGUCACCCUGCUGGGAAUUGUAGUGACAAUCUGUAGGUCAUUUAUCCCUGACCAGCACCUGGUGUUCUGCCCUGAGCAGCUUCUCCGUGUUAUUCUGGCUCAUAUCCACUAUAUGCCUGACCACUGGCAGCGCAGUGCUCACAGAGCAGAGACACGUGGAGAGUUUUCUCAGCUCUUCCAAUACAAAGCAGUAUUUAUCUUAGAAGAACUUCUGAGCCCGCUCUUAACACCCCUUGUCCUAAUUUUCUGCCUCCGUCCCAAAUCACUGGAAAUUAUUGACUUUUUUCGAAACUUCACAGUAGAGGUGGUAGGAGUGGGAGAUACCUGUUCAUUUGCACAAAUGGAUGUCCGUCAGCAUGGAAAUCCUGCAUGGAUGUCUGCAGGCAAGACCGAAGCAUCCAUUUACCAACAGGCUGAGGAUGGGAAGACCGAGCUCUCACUCAUGCACUUUGCUAUAACCAACCCUCGGUGGCAGCCUCCUCGUGAAUGCUCAGCCUUUCUUAGCCAGCUAAGGGAAAGAGUUCAGCGAGACAGCACGAUGGGCAACCAGAAACAUCCCACUGGCCUCAUGCAGCCUCUGCAGUGCUCAGGCCUCUCUAUUCAGUCCGAUCCUGAGCCCCACAGUCUGAUGGCAAAUAUGUUCUCAGGAGUGUCUACUGCAGGGUUCCCUGCUAACACUGAGGCUCUGGGUUCUCCUCAUGUCUCUGCAGUGUCAGAGGUGGCAUCUGCUUUACACUCUCUAUCCCCACAGCAGUCUUGUCACCCAGUGCAGAGCCAGAGUGGAAUCAGUGCCGACUUCAGAAAUGGCAGUUUUGGCAGCAAUGUGUGGGAGGGCCCCAUGAACAGCGGUACCCUGUCUGAAUAUGCAUCCACUGAAAUGAGCCUGCAUGCCCUGUACAUGCAUGAGUUGCACCAGCAGCAUACGCGCAUGGCACCAGGGCGGCACAUCUGGCACCGGCAGGAAAGUGAUGAAAGUGGAGAGAGCUCACAGGGCGAAGGCCUUAUAAACACUACAUCUAAUGUGCCAUCCUCACUCAGCUGCCCAUCCCCUGCCGCAGCAGUUUGGGAAGAGAGGCUGCCUCCACUCAGCACACACAGAUUAAGUGCCAGUACAGAUCUUGGGUCUGUGCAAAGAACUUCGCUAGCUCGACAGCCAAUGGGAGGGUGGAGUGAGGAUGUACAGCCCAGCAGACUCCCAGAACCUGUGCCAGAGGAAGGGUCUGAAGAUGAGCUCCCUCCACAAGUUCAGAAGGUAUAGGCGCUGUCUGGAUAGGAAAAGAGAACUUGCAAAAUCUUCUCUACAUAGUGAGCGUUCUCCAAUGGCCACUUCCUAUCGGCAAACCAAUUGUAGGACAAUUGGAAUGUCCUACAGUGUGCAAUAAAGACAAAUUCUAAUGUGUGGUGCUGUCCCAACUGUCCUACAAUUGGAUAGGAAAAGAGAGACAUUUUUCAGUGUACUUUACUCUUGUCCUUCCUGUUAUUACUUGUUGAUCUGACAAGAUAGCUGAAGCUGGAACAUAAUCUGGUUGUGAGUGCUGAUCCUCGCCACCUCCUCUCGUUGUAAUUAUAGAUACAUAAAAUAUAUGUAUAUUGAUGCCUUGCGUAUGCACCUGCUCGUGAUUCGCCGAAGGGAUGGGAUUUUAACACAGUAGACUCUAUGGAAAGCAAAGGAUACAUAGCACUGAGGUAGGACUAAAACCUUUGCAGAUGUCUUGUCCACCUGCAACCUGAGCUCUCCUGCUGGAAGUUGUUUAGCAAAAGCUGGUGGGUGCACACAGGCUGAAGAUCACUGUUUGCAUUCACUUUGAGCAGAACCGAGAUCCUCCCACAAGGAAUACAGUCAGGCCCUAUGUAGUAAGAACCCAUUCUCCCCUAUUCUACCCUUUACCCUAGUGUACCAUGCUGUGGAGAUCCCUUUCCUAACAUCAACUCAUAAUGAUUAUGAUUGUGUGUGUGCUACAGAAUGAAACCCCUUAGCAUGGUAAAAGCUUUAUAAUAAUCCCGCAAGGCUCCUAAAAGGAUCCUGUCAUUGCUGAGCGUUUGUGUCAAUAUUUGCACCACUGAAAUAAGGAGGGAAAAUAUUUUGUAUAGAAAAUGUAUAUUGCUUAUUUUGUACUACUGUAUAAUUCUAAAUAAAGACUCUUCUGUACUGUC